AUGCCUAAUAGAUUUUGUCCUCUCUGCGAUGUCUUGAUUGACGUUUGGAUAAACCCCGAUGACGGCCUAGCCAAUCCUCAGUAUCCAGCCAAUUGGUUACAAGAAGUCCGAGCCGUACGGACUACCGACGGUCUCGAAUUUCCAUUUGUAACAGGUGUUGGCUGGCUAGAGUCGGAUGAAUGCAUCAUUGCUCCUGUCGGGUAUGAAUGCCACUAUCGUGAUCGUGAUCCGCAGCAACAACUGGAUGACUAUUUUACGGGGCACCAGAUCAGCUAUUUUCGACAAGGAACAGCAGGGUAUUGGUGUUACGCCGUCCACAAUGCUUGCUGGGAGCUUCUCAGAGAUCGUAUAGAUCCAGAUCGCCAGUUUUCCUCGGAUGUGUUGGCACAGCACCUGUUCGCCUUACUAUAUAACACCCCAGUGAAUGCUGGGAACGAGGCCCUCAUCCCUGGCCACGACUAUGGCCAUGCCUCCGAUUUCCAUUUGCGAACCGGGGAGUUAUACCAUGAUUAUUUUACACGUGUGAAAGAAUCCGAUUAUUUCUUCAUUACCGGCGACGUGGGUGAGAAGUUUGAACCGGACGAGGACAGUCUUGAGGACGAGUCGUUAUCCUUAUACGUUAACUCCGCUCAUCUGAGCAUAUAUCGCGGGAACUAUAAGGGAUCAGAUGGAUUAUGCUUACUCCCUAGGGAGCUCAUCAUGCUUGUCCUUGCCUAUUUGCCGAGUAGUGACGUUUGCAAGUUACGGCUCAUAUCAAGAUAUGUAGCAGAUCUCUCUUCCCCGGCAUUACUUGACCAAAAAUUCUGGUCUAGCCGAUUUGGCCCUGAGUUCGAGAUGGGGUUCGUCUUCGCUGGCCUCUCUAACCUGAGACCUGCAGAACCUACAGAUUGGCGUAUGCUGUAUCUCAAAGCCAAAUCCGCUAUAAGAUCUGAAAUGUUCUACGGCCUCAAAAAUCGACGUCGCAUAUGGCAUACAUUUCAAAAUAUAUCCGAUGCAUUAUACGCACGAUUGGAAAACGUAUGGCAGAUAGACAACACAUACAAUGGCCCCCCAUCGGAUACGACGAGAUCACUGCCCCAGGGCAUGGUAUUUGCAGAGGCAUCCUUCGAAUCCGAAAAUACUCGUCUUCCUCUUGCGAAAAUUCCAUUAAGCUUGAGCUGCCGACUCUUCGAGUGGCGGGAUUUUAUUUGGUCGCGGCCUCGAGAUAUCGUGUCCAAGACGUUGCGGGUUUCGACUAUCUACUCAAACGGUCAAACAUAUGUCAGCGGUUUCCGGCUUCGCACGACUGACAGCCUAGGCCGUGUUGAUGAAUUACCUAGGGUUGGAUUUGUCAAUUCGCGCAAAGAGUAUGACGUCUUUAUAGGACCCAACCAGUUUAUAGGACGAGUUGACGUCGCAAUGGCCACGAAGGGUCUAAGAGGUUUGCGCUUUUAUAUCCGAGGCCUGCAAGACUCGUGUACCGUCGCAAUAGGGGACAUGGAACUCACAGAUCCGGGGAGUGGGGUUGCUAAACUAAUUCCAGGAGAGGAGGAUACACGGUGCACUGGCUUCUACCUUGGAUUCGACGCAUGCAAAGUAAUAUCCAUUUCGCUCAUGGGACAGGAGGUACGAACUCUGUCUAAUCCUAUUAAGAAGUACGCGGACCCGGGAUCUCAUAAUACAGGGCCACUGGAGGUGUGGAAUCCGAACAUGCCCAUAACUCCUCCAACGUGGUGUUUCCCCGAGUCCUCGUCUACGCAGCACUUCAACCUAUGCCUCAACAUGGACUUCGGUGGCCCCGGUGGACAACUACUACAGUCGCUAGUUAGAAUUGAUGCCUUAAUGGGAGGUUAUCCUUCAGUAUUUCUAGGAAUAUGUUUUAUUUACGGUGACGGAAGCGAGCGCCUUUAUGGCCGCAAAUCAUUCAGAAACAGCCUCGAUGACAUGGCCAGCACGCCGUCAAUUCGGCAGUGUUUCCUCGUCGAUGGAUCUCGAGGAGAACUGAUGACUGAAAUCAUCAUUUCUCGAUGUCCCGAGGCGGAUACUAUCCAAGCAAUCACGAUUUCGACCAACUUCGAUAGGAUGCAGCAAUUUCGCCUAUAUGGGAAAGAUUCUUUUGGUCCCUCCAAAGAUAGGGAGGCAGUUCAAGUCCUACGACCUACACCAGGGAUGCACUUCACAACUUUCCAUGUGAAGAUCCAGUCGCCUCUCGGACACUUCAGAAACUUUUCCGCUCAUUCCCAGGUUAUAAACACAAAAUUACGUGAGCCUGUAUUUGAGCCGUCAGGUGUUCCCCAUCACCUUCCUUUCACCGUCGAUAUCCAGAAAUCAGCCGAAGACAUAUUGGCUUAUCCUCGUGGUCUUGCUUUCACCGCUGCCGACAUUUCAAAUCUUAGCAAAGUUCGUGUUUCGGUAAAUGACGAAAGCCAUAGCAACAUACAAGGCCAUAUCUCGGGUCUCUGGCUUGAAUAUCACGACUCUAACGCACCAGUAAUAUUAGGGCAAUGGAUGAAAGAGCUCGGUAGCUUGGAUCUGCCAAUAGGGGAUAGGAUAACAGAGGUGGUAACUUGGCACGAUUACACGAACCGACAUAGGCGAGUGAAGUAUGGACCUAUCAAGAGACUUAGAUUGGGAACUGUCCUUGGUAAUACCAUGGAAUUCCUAGACUCUCACAGAGGUGGAAAGAUAUGUCUGCAGUACCGGGAAAACCCGUUCGAAAAACUGUGGGAUCAUGUACGGGUCUUCUAUUCACCAACAACAAACGACGGCAAGACACGGUCGCUUGUAUAUUCGAACGAUUAUUCCUGUCCCCCGUGGGCGGUUACGCAAAAGGUAUUCAUGCAGGAGGCUCGGGAAGACAGUCGACCAAAUCUCGUCACGACUAUCGAAAUAAGCUUCAAGGAAAUAGCUAGAGAAAUAUCUGGUCUGACCUUCAUUUACGAAGAUGGGAGGCGCAUAGCCCUUGGUGUUCGGGGGACAGAUGGAACUUCGGUGACCCUCUCUUCUGGCGAGAAACUAGUACAGAUGGAAUUCUUAACGACAUCUGGCCGAAGAAUGGAUUUCUCGAAACAGGAUCCCGAUCUCGUCAAGAACCGCACUGUCCAGCGGACGAUCUAUACACUCAACCCACCCUCCCCUCGCCAAUCAAGCGUGUUCAGUGUUAGUCCUUGUCCAAUUCCCAAGGGUGCAGGUUCUUUUGCCGGCUUCUGGGCCUUACCAAGGCAAGUUGGGAGUCUCCGGUAUGGUAGAUUUGGGCCGAUAUUCGAGAAGAUAGGUGAUGAAGGUUUGGAAUAG